UCACCGCCUUGGACGUGACUCAAGCCGUCCGGUUGGCUGUGAACCAAUCAAAAGGCAGCGCCUGUCUAGCCCAGGCCAAUCAGCUUUCAGAUUAGAGGGUUUAACUCCUAUUUAAAAUGUAGACUUUGAAUCUUAACGGCUGAGCGCUCGGGAGGACUCGGCUGCCUUGGGUCGGAGGCGGGAGCCGACGGGCAUCAUGGACCGAUCUAAAGAAAACUGCAUUGCAGGGCCUCUUAAGACUACGAUUGCACUCGGUGAUGGUCCAAAACGUGUUCCGGUGACUCAGCAAAUUCCUUCUCAGAAUCCGUUAUCUGCGAAUAGUGGCCAGGCCCAGCGGGUCUUGUGUCCUUCAAAUUCCUCCCAGCGAAUUCCUCCACAAGCACCAAAGCUCGUCUCCAGCCAUAAACCAGUUCAGAAUCUGAAGCAGAAGCAAUUGCAGACAACCAGUGUUCCCCGUCCUGUCUCUAGGCCACUGAAUAAUACCCAAAAGAAUGAGCAGUCGUCAUCAUCAGCCCCUGGACAUAAUUCUGAAAAGGAACUGGCAACAAAACAGAAAAAUGAAGAAUCAAAAAAGAGAACCACCCUCUGUGGCACCCUGGAUUACUUGCCCCCAGAAAUGAUUGAAGGCCGAAUGCAUGAUGAGAAGGUGGAUCUCUGGAGCCUUGGGGUUCUUUGCUAUGAAUUUCUAGUUGGGAAGCCUCCUUUUGAGGCAAGCACAUACCAAGAGACCUACAAAAGAAUAUCGCGGGUUGAGUUCACAUUCCCUGACUUCGUGCCGGAGGGAGCCAGGGACCUCAUUUCAAGACUGUUGAAACAUAAUCCCAGCCAAAGGCCGACUCUCAAAGAAGUACUUGAGCACCCCUGGAUCACAGCAAAUUCAUCAAAACCAUCAAGUAGCCAAAAAAGCAAAGAAUCAACUAGCAAACAAUCUUAAGAAUGGUGCAGGGGGAGGAAUCUGAGAGGCAGGGCUGCUGUAUGGUGUCAGGAACAGGCCUGCCCGUGCCCGAGGUCGCUGCCUCAGCCUCCCCACCCAAGAGUCCCCUUCGGUGAACACCGUGCUCUGGAGUGAAGGCAGCCACAGGAAGUGCAGCUGUGUCGCUAGCUUCAGGACCCGGAGCCUCCCCACAGCCUGGUCCGAGUGAGGCCUCCUGGUGGAGGGAGGACAGACUGCGGGGAGAGUGGCCACAUCACUGUGACUCCAUCAGUGACAGAGGCGUGCAAUAACCUUCCAAGUACCUUCGUGUGUGUGUAACUUAUUGGGUGGCCCAGCCUGGGAAGGCUGUCAGGAUGAACAUGUGAUUCUUUCUUUUAAAUGUUAAAAUAAAGAAUUUUGUAUAGA